AUGACUUCUUCAUCGGAUUACUCUGAUAUCAAGUUUGAGAUCAAGGGGAAGAUCGGUAUUAUCAAGUUCAACCGCCCCAAGGCCCUCAACUCCUUUGGUGGAAACCUCAUCCCAGACACCAUUGCCGCACUGCGCGUUCUGAACGAGCACCCAGACACCAUCUUCACCGUCCUAACAGGCGAAGGACGAUUCUUCUCCGCCGGCGCAGACGUCAAGGGCAUUCCCGGAGCCGGCGAAGAAUUCAAAAAUGACGGAGAGAAGAAGUUGAGCUAUCUGGCUCGUUUCCACUACGCUACCGAGCUCCUCCGUUCGAUGAUCGACCACCGCAAAGUCCUCAUCCUCGCCUUGAAUGGCCCCGCUGUCGGCGGCGGCGCAGCCUGGUUCCCAGGUAUCGCGGACAUUGUCCUCGCUUCCUCUACAGCCUGGCUACAAUGCCCCUUCUCGGCUCUGGGCCUAGUUCCUGAAAACGGGUCUGCCCUCUCCUUCGCCCAGUCCAUCGGUAUCCACCGGGCUAACGACUUCCUCAUGUUCGGCCGUAAGCUAUCCGCGCAGGAGCUGGUUGAUGCUGGUCUAUAUAAUUACGUGUGGGACGCUACGGGUGAUGAGUUCCAGGGUAAGGUUGUGGAGUUUUUGCAGGAGCAGUUGAAGAGCAAUGAUGGAAAGAGUAUGAUGGAGAUGAAGAGGCUGCAGAAUGCGCCUAUUAGGGAUGCAAGGCUGGUGGCUGUAGUUAAUGCCGUUGAUGCGCUGGCGGAGCGAUUUGUAGAGGGUGCGCCAGCGGAGAGGUUUAGGAUUAAGAGGGAGGAGCUGGCGCAGAAGAGUAAGGCGAGGUCGAAGAUUUGA